CCGAAGCAGCGGCAAGCGCAGCACCGCAGCAGCAACAUGAUGAUCUUCAGCCUGGUUCUCCUCUCCGCCGCCGCGGUGCUGGCCGAGCCGGAGGCCCCCUUCCGCCGGGUCGCCGUCGCCGCCCCCACGGCCCCCGAGCUGGCGUACGUCGCCGCCCCCCUGGUGGUGGGUUCGCAGCGCGCCGCCCCCGCCCUGAGCGCCCCCGCCGCCGCCCUGCUCGCCUACACCGCCCCCGCCGCCCCGGUUCAGCAGGUGCAGCAGCAGUACGUGGCGAGGACCUACAACGGCAUCACGACGGUGGCUCUUGAACAGCAGCAGCCCGUCGCCGCGCCGCUCAUCGCGGCCCCCGCCGCCCCCGCUGCCCCCGCCAGGUUCGUGGUGACCAACGCCCCGGCGGCCCCUGCCCGCGUCGUGGUGGCCGAGGCCCAGCCCGCCGCCGUCCGCUACUACGCCCCCGAGGCGUUCGCCGUCCCCGCCGCCGCCCCCGCCGCCGCCCCCGCCGGCCGCAUCGUCACCGUCAACGCCGACGGCUCUGCUGCCCGCUUCGUGGCCGUCGCCCCGGAGGCCCCCGCCGCGCCCGCCGCCGCCGUGUUCGCGGUGGCCCCCGAGGCCGCGCCGCUGUCCUCCAGCACGCAGUACUUCUCCAGGAACUUCAACGGCGUGCCCACCGUCACGUACUUCGUGGUGGGGCCCGCGCCCGCCCCUGUGGCCGUCGCCCCCCAGCAGGGAGCCGGCCCGGCCCGCCGCCCCGCUCGGCCCGGCACCAACCCCGUCCCCGCCGGCGAGCCCGUCAACCAGGGUGACGUCGAGGUGCUCGACGCGUAGGCCGGCGCGGCAGACUGUCGGGGCAGGCCGCCUGCACACCACCGCACCUUGAGGCACGCUCCCACCGACUUGAUGUAAAGAAAUAAACGUCCGGCAACAGA